AUGACUCUUGGCUUUUUGCGCUGGGGCCUUUCCACCAUACAGUCAGAGUUUUCACUUCCAGUCCAAAAUCCUUCCCUUCCCUAUGUGGGUACAAUUCCUGAGGGGCUGAAAGCAGGACUGGCCUUGUACUUUCAGGGAAUUGUUGGCACUACAGGUGACAGGUUUGCAAUAAACUUCAAGACUGGGCGGUCUGACAAGGAUGACAUCGCUUUUCACUUUAAUCCACGACACAACUCGAUUGUAGCUCUGAAUAGCUUUAAAAAUGGAGGAUGGGAGGCUGAGGAAUCUCUCUCUGCCAACCCAUUUAUAGUGGGACAAGCUUUUGAGAUGUUUAUUGUCAUCCAGCCUGAAGGAUAUCAGUGUCAGUGA